CUCUAAAUGUAGUAUUAAUAAGAUAUCGCAAAUCAUUAUCAUUCAUUAAUAGAAUUGUAUUACAAAGAAGCAGAACUUAGCAAUGAAAAUAAAAUGAAAGAAAAUUAAGCAGCAACAAAGAUUUAGAAAUGGUAUAGAAUGCAUGUAAAGAGAAUUAAAUAUCUCAAAAUUAGAUAUGUAAAUUUGCAAUGAAUUUUAUUAGAAUACAAUAUAUAUAUAAAAGUUUGCUAAAGGUUAUUUGGCAAGAAUGUUAAUGAAAAGAAACAGUGAUAAUAGAUAUAAUGAAAGAAAUCUAAAAUAUUUUAACUAUUAAGCAACAUAAAUUCAAAGAUAUUUUCGUGGAUAUCAUUAUAGAAAAUAUUAUUUAAAUUGGGCAACUAGAAAAGAAUAUUUAUCAUUCUUAAAAAGAAAAAAUGAAACGUUUUUGGAAGAACUCAAGAGAGUGGAAUAAGAAGAGUCUUAAUAAUUAAGAAUUAGAUAAGAAUAAUUAGCUAGAACAGAGUUUGAAUCUUUGGCUCGUAAUUUGCAUCAUCUUUCAUCUACGAAAUCUAUUUCAGGUAUUUACAAUAGACCUUUUGGAAAUAGAGAUAUGGUUUUUGAUAUGGAUGUUGAAAGUCAUUUGAAAAUUGUAUUCCAUAGUAAUUAUGAAUGGGAAAAAUCUUAACAGAUGUCAAGGUAUACAAGAACAAAGAAAUUAAGUAUGUAAACAAAAUUAAAACCUUUGAAAUGA